AUGAAUAAACGGGAAGGUGAAGGAUUCUCCAGUAAAAAGGCUGAUACCAGUGUGAACCUGUCAUCUCCUGUCAUUGCUGCUUUUAAAGUUUUCCAGCAGGAGCUCGACACCAAACAUGACAAAUAUGAGCGGCUUGUCAAGAUCAGUCGAGACGUCACCAUUGAGAGCAAAAGGACGAUAUUUAUUCUGCACAGAGUAACCAGUGUCCCUGAUGCGGAGGUGGUUCUCAAAGAAGCGGACGUUAAACUGGACUUGGUGAGGCAGAAGAUUGGCCUCAUCGCAGACGAGCUCCGAGGAGAAGACAUCCACCAGUUUCACAGAGCGUUCACGCCCGGUAUCCAGGAGUACGUGGAAGCUGUUUCGUUCCAGCACUUCAUCCGCCAUCGCAGCCUCAUCAGCCUGGAGGAGGUUAACGCCCGACUGGUGUUCAUGAGGACAGAGGCGGAGGAUCCAAAGGCUCCUGCUGAGGCCGACCCCGCGGGCUCACACGUCCUGACCUUCCAGGUGACGCCCUCAGACUACCUACUGGGCGUGGCCGACCUCACCGGGGAGCUGAUGCGCCUGUGCAUCAGCAGCGUGGGGAACGGCGACAUCGACACGCCCUUUCAGCUCAGCCAGUUCCUCCGACAAAUCCACGACGGGUUCUCCUACAUCGGAAACACCGGGCCGUACGAAGUGUCCAAGAAGCUGCACACGCUCCGGCAGAGUUUGGGCAAAGUGGAGGACGCCUGCUACACCCUGCGCGUGCGUGGCUCCGAGAUCCCCAAGCACAUGUUGGCGGACGUGUUCAGCAGCAGAACCGCCAUCAUGGACUCCGAGGAGGGCCUGGUUUAG